AGCUUCGUGCUCGCGCAGUCCUCCUGAUUCUGCUGAGAUCUCGCCGCGCGCACUAGCAACUCCUCGAUUCCCACUCUGCUUCCAGACUGCACACCAGCGCGAGAGGGGGAAAACUUUCCUAAAACUUUUUAUCUCAAUUUUCUUGCUUCUUCUUCGACAGAGCAAACUGACUUGCAAAUCGUUUUCAAUAGAAGAAACUGGUAAAGAAGUACCUUACCUCUACUGCAUUGAACAUGUGUGCGCGUGCAUAGCGCUGGACAUUGAACAGAUAUUCUUUUGUUUUUCUUAAAAAACAAACACCAAAAAAAGUCGCAACGAAGAGCGCAAACUCCUGACUACUUUUCGUUUUGUUGUUACUUUUAUUCGUUACACACUGCGGGAUUGUUUCGCUCGUUGUACUUUUUAGACGCCAGGUUUUUAUUGCUCAAGAAAAUCAGUUCGCGAGAUCCGAGCGGCUGAAAGAAGUUCAACAGGGACGCCGCAUCCCCAUGAGGAAAUCAGAAGCGCGAAUCAAAAAGUUUUCGUGACUGAACUUUUUCUUUUGUUUUUUUUAUUACUUUUUGGUGUUGCGGCUACAUAGCUCAAGCAGUCAGCGAUGAAGAUGUUAGUUGUUUUUACUGUAUGUAUGUCGGUUGUGGUUUUGGCGUCGGCUCAGGCUGAGCAAAAGUUAAAGAACUGCAAUGAAGUCAGAACUGCCUACAGUUCGAAAGGUUUCAACGUCAACGAUGUUCCCAACAAAGGAGUGCAUGGGGACCAUCUGAAGGUUUGUCCUCAAGGUUUCUCCUGCUGUACUCUGGAGAUGGAGGAGAAGUUAAGUCAGCAGAGCCGCACGGACCUGAAAGCCCCCGUUCAUCAACUCAGCUCCAAUCUACAAAACACCUUCACCCAGAGACACAAUCACUUUGACCAGUUCUUCAGAGAGCUGUUGAGCAAUGCAGAGAAAUCUCUCAACGACAUGUUUGUGCGGACCUACGGCUUGAUGUACGUGAAGAACGCAGAGCUCUUCGAGCAAUUCUUCCGUGAUCUACAGCGCUACUACAGCCACGGGAGCAGCGCUGUCAACCUGGACGACAUGCUUGCGGACUUCUGGACGGAGCUUCUGGAGCGCAUGUUCCGACUGGUCAAUGUCCAGUAUGAGUUCAGUGACGCGUACAUGGAGUGCGUCAGCAGACACAUGGAGCAGCUCAAACCCUUCGGUGAUGUUCCACGCAAGCUCCGCCUGCAGUUGACUCGUUCCUUCAUCGCUGUCCGCACGUUCACCCGCGGCCUGGCACUCAUGCCCGAUGUGGUGGGCAAAGUCUCCACGGUAAACGCCUCUCCGAACUGCGUGCGUGCAGCUAUGAAGAUGUUAUACUGCCCGUACUGUACCGGCCAGGUGGCACUGAAGCCCUGCAAGAACUACUGUCUCAACGUCAUGCGAGGCUGCCUGGCCAAUCAGGCUGAUCUGGACACAGAGUGGAAUAACUUCCUGGAUUCCAUGUUGGGUCUCGCUGAGAGGCUAGAGGGACCUUUUAACUUUGAGUCUGUCAUGGACCCCAUAGACGUCAAGAUUUCCGACGCCAUCAUGAACAUGCAGGAGAACAGCAUACAGGUCUCACAGAAGGUGUUUCAGGGUUGUGGGCAGCCCAAACUCAGCAGUUUCCGCACUCGUCGCUCUUCUAAAGACUCAGGCUUCCCUGGCCGUUUCCGACCCUACAGCCCUGAGGCCAGACCCACCACUGCCGCUGGCACCAGCCUGGACCGACUGUUGACCGAUGUCAAGAAGAAACUGAAGCACGCCAAGAAGUUCUGGUCCACCCUGCCGGACACGGUGUGUGUUGGUGACCGGAUUUCCACCGGUGAUGAAUGCUGGAAUGGGACAGCCAAAAGCAGGUACGAAUCCAUCGUCAUGGGUAACGGCUUAGCCAAUCAGGUGUCUAAUCCUGAUGUGGAAGUUGACAUCACCAAACCAGACAUGGUGAUUCGGCGGCAAAUAGCAGUGCUGAAGGAAAUGACCAGCUGGCUUAAAGCUGCUUACACGGGCACUGACAUCUCAUUUGUCAAUGAGGAUGCCGGCAGCGGAGAGGAAAGCGGAAGUGGCUGCGACUCGCCCUCUUGUGACGGUGACAACGACAUCUACUUCUCCACCCCAGUGCCCGUUAAACCUGGCAUCAAGCUUAAUGCUGGAACCCAGCCCUCUAGCGGUACACGGUUGGCACCCUGCAGUCUGGCACUGGCAGUGGCAGCGCUCCUGCUCGCCCUACUCACCCUUCACACGAGAUAAGACCAGCUGAGCAGAGGAUGUGUGUUUGUACGAAUUUGAACAAGAGAGCAGAAAACUGCCAUAGGACUUUAAAGACACUGCUUUCAGGAUCUCCGUCUGCCUGCCAUCGGGGGAAGACGCUCAAGUUAUUAAUAUUCAAAUAACUUCCCUUCAGUGUAUUUUUUUUGUGUGUGUGUGUGUGUGUUCAUAAGAACGGACUUCAUAGGUUUCCACUCAGCAUUUCACGUCAGCUGGGUUUUAUUCCUCCAUGUCUGUAAAGUCCAGAAUCGUCAACCCGGUUAUGGUUUAAAUAAGUGCCGUGUUUGUUUUGAAAGUAGAUCAGACUGAGUGUGUGUUUGGGUUGGAUGGUGUGUACGAUUGGCUGUAUACAUCAUCCAAGUGCUUUCUCUAAAGCUAAACAAUUAAUCAACCCUUAUAACACACGUGUGAUUUAAGCAAGUCUGUAUGAAGUGCUCAUUAGACUGACUUUUAAAUCAUUUUUGAGCGUGUCUUGAUGUGCAUGGUGGCUUCGGUUAGAUGCAGAUCAUGUAUGUUCCCUGAAUGUUAUUGAGGUCGAUAAAUAAUGAAUGAUGCCUUAAAUAGUUUAUAAACAAGCCCUUUAUUAGGGCUUAUUUAUAAUAUAUAAAAUGCUGCCUUAUGAAAUCAACAGUACAGUAUCCCAGACAAAGCAGUUAUUCUGAAACAACUUUCAUAGCCCCCAUCUCAUCAUCCCAAAUACUUCGGUAAUAACUUAAUAUGAUGAAGGAGCUUUGGUUAGGUAAGGUCUGUGUGGAAGUUGAUUCAUUGAUGAAAAGGCUUUGAUGGUUCCAUCAACGAUGAUGAUCAUAUGUGUUUCCUGCAUGAUACAGACUUUGUGGCCUGAGUAAAAUAGUUUUUUACUCGAUGUUUAGUUCUGAACUUACAGCAGGACCAGCUGGAGAUGCAUGUAUGCUGAAGAUGGCUUAAGACUGAGCUAUGGAUGAAUUUUACACAGGAUUUCAGUGUAUUGUUAGGUAUAAAACUAUAAUAUAGGUACUGCGGAUUUCACUGGACAGACAGCCGGUGCUGAUUUGAGAGGUCGGGUGGCCCUCUCUUUUUCU